UGGCUCUUGGGACGGUCUGCUUAAUCUUCUGUCUUCAGUCCUUCCUAUCAUAAGCUUUUGGAGUUUGUUCUCCUGUUCCUGCAAUUCAGGUUAGAAGAGCUCACAUAGUACCAGAGGCAGAGGCAGACAUGGGCACAAAGAUGAAGAAGGGUAUCUUAAAGCCGCUGAAAUAUUUUUCCCAAAUAUUUGACAAGGAGGAAGCUGACAUGCAGAUUGGGUUUCCAACUGAUGUUAAACAUGUGGCACACAUAGGAUGGGAUGGACCCAGUGUUAGUUCCCCAAGCUGGAUGAAGGAGUACCAUUCAGCACCACUCGGCUCUUCCUGUGGAGAAGAUGGCAGGGAAAGCUCCCCCCCAGAGUCAUGGGGCUCUCAAGAGUUUGCAAGCGGAGGGAUGGAAGACUCAUCAGUUCGACAAGCGGCGGGGCGCUCAAAGCCCAGCUCUUCUGCAGUCGAGCCAUCUCCCGACUCCCCCGACUUGCUCCCUGCGUCCACCAAACCCAAGCAUUCAAGACGGCACCAAUCGGAUGGAAGCAUGUCGGGCGACUCCGCCGAAGCGCCGCGGCGCAGCCGGAAGCCACGCAAGAAGGAAGCGGCCGGGCCGUCGGACUCACCGGGGCAAGACAUGCCAGCCAUCCCCAAGCAGUCACACCGGAAGAAAAACAAGGGCUCUUCGAGCACCGGGGGCUCGGUGAAGAGCUCCAAGUCGAAGGCCCCAACGUCGGCGCCGCCCGCAGGUGAGGAGAGCAACACCAAGCCGUCGUCAGAGGCGGCGGAGGAGGACUACAGGGUGCAGUGACCAAAGAAGCUGCUGCAUCG